AUGGCAGUUCCCGCUGAGAAGCAGACUAUCCCUGCGUCCAAAUACGACGACUAUGACUUUCCUACCACUGCCCCCGAGGCUCAACCGGGCCACCCUGGCCAUACCACUCCCGAGCAGGAUGCCAAAGUAGAGCAGCUCCGGAGUGAACUCGAGAAGGAAGGUUACACCGAACGUCUUGAUACUUUGACUCUGCUCCGCUUCCUGAGAGCACGAAAGUUUGAUGUUGCCGCAUCUAAGGCCAUGUUCGUUGCAAGCGAAAAGUGGAGGAAAGAGUUUGGCACAGAUGAUCUCGCCCGUACCUUCGAGUACACUGAAAAGCCCGAGGUCUUCAAGUACUACCCUCAGUACUAUCACAGAACCGACAAGGAUGGACGACCUGUCUACAUCGAGCAACUGGGGAACAUUGACCUCGCUGCAUUGCAAAAGAUCACAACCGAUGAGCGUAUGUUGAAGAACCUCGUGACCGAGUAUGAGAAACUCGCGGACCCUCGGCUACCCGCCUGCUCACGAAAGGCUGGAAAAUUACUUGAGACGUGCUGCACCAUCAUGGAUCUCAAGGGCGUUGGGCUCAUGAGCGCCCCAUCCGUAUACGGCUAUCUCAAACAAGCCUCCGUCGUCUCUCAGAACUAUUACCCCGAGCGACUUGGAAAGCUCUACCUGAUCAACGCCCCAUGGGGUUUCAGCACCGUUUUCAGCGUAGUCAAGGGAUUCUUGGACCCCGUCACUGUUAACAAGAUCAACGUCCUCGGCUCUGGAUACCAGUCUGAACUGUUGAAGCAGGUCCCCAAAGAGAACCUUCCGAAGCAGUACGGUGGCACAUGUGAGUGCGAGGGAGGUUGCGAGUACAGUGACAUGGGUCCGUGGCGGGAACCGCAAUGGGCCAAGGAGCCCAAGUGGGCUAUCCCUAAGGAGGAAAAGGCCCCUGUCCCUGCUGAAAACACUGGCGCUGAAAAGCCGACAGAGGCACCGGAGGUCCCUCAACCCGCGGCAUAG